ACGUAAAAGUCACGUUUUUGGUUUUUGUUUCGCUUUUAUUUUCAUUCAGCCUAGUGCAACGCUAGCAGUGAAGAUGCGGAACUGACAACAAUUGUUUACCAGUUAUCUGAUUUACACAGCAAGACUUAGCCUACUAAACCAGUUUUGGGGUUUGCGAAAUGUUUAUACAUUGAUGCAAAGGUAUGGUCACACGUACAGACUUCACUGUGGUUUGUGAAGUGGCCAUCAAAUCCUAUCGUAGGACCAAGGAGGAAGAUCAUGGCAUUAGACUACCAGUUUUCAACGAAUCUUGUACUUCGAUCAGUGAAGGACCAGGUGCAGAGGGUGGGAACAUGCGCACAGUCUCUUCCCGAGCCGCAGCCAAUGAGCGAUGAGCGGGAGCAGCUCCUGGAACAGAUGGCGAGCCUCAUCAGAGACAUCGGAGACAGUCUCGAUCGACAGCCAAGAUUCAAGGACAUGGUUGAUGGUUUUGCACGAGUGGUGAAUAGACAGAGCUUCCAGCAGCUUGCAGACAAAGUUUUCGUUGAUGGCAUCACCUGGGGGAAAAUUUUCACUCUGAUCUGUGUUGUUGGGAAAUCCAUUGCAAAGAUUAUUGCUGAUUUAGUCUCAGGUGUUGUGUCUUGGACACUGGAUUACUUCAGGGAUAGCCUUCUGAACUGGAUCUGCAAUAGAGGAGGAUGGAUCAACAGUAUCUCUUCCUUGGCUCAUUACUCAUUUGAGCGAGAUUUUGGUUCCUCAUCCAGCCUGAUCUCCCUUUCCUCUGGAGUGCUCUUCAUCAGUGGAGUACUGCUGGGUGGCUUCAUUGUCUGGAGACUGAACAGAUGUGCAUGAGGAGGGUCAGUGAAGGACUGAUGAAGUGAGAAAAGGGGGAAUGCUGGGAUUUACAUAUGCAACAGACCAAAAAUAAUGAUGAUCUGAGCAAGUAAGAGAAGGCUGCUUGGCAAUAGCAUGUGUUUUAUUAAUUUUUUUAAUUUAUUUUUAUGUUCUGCCUGUCUGGGAAGUAAAGCAAUAACUAGCAAGACUUGAAAUGUUAUAGGUGCUGUGCCAAGACAACUGUUCACUUUAAUGUCUAUGCCUACUGUUUUUAACCUCUACCUCGUCUAUAAAAUUUAUAUUAGAAAUCUAUAAAUAACCUUGCAACAACAGACUAAAUAACUAUGUACAAUAAAUAUGGUGUACAUAUUUUAAAUUAUAUUGUUAAAUCUGAAAUGUAAUUGUUUCAACUUUUCCAAGUGCCAAAGACCUGCAUUAAAUAAAGUCCUUCCCACAAACCCA